UUUUUGGUUGAAACCAUCCUUUCUUUCCCUGAGAAUGAUGAACAGCUCGUCCUUCUGUCCAGUUUACAGAGAUCUAGAGCCUUUCACCUAUUUUUUUUAUCUGGUUUUCCUCAUUGGAAUUAUUGGAAGUUGUUUUGCAGCCUGGGCUUUUAUACAGACCCCCACAAAUCACAGGUGUGUGAGCAUCUACCUAAUCAACUUGCUUACUGCCGAUUUCCUGCUCACUCUGGCGUUGCCAGUGAAAAUUGUUGUGGACCUGGGCGUGGCGCCAUGGAAGCUAAGGAUAUUCCACUGCCAAGUGACAGCCUGCCUGAUCUACAUUAACAUGUACCUAUCCAUCAUCUUCCUGGCCUUUGUCAGCAUUGACCGCUACCUCCAGCUGAUCCACAGCUGCAAGAUCUACCGCAUCCAAGAACCUGGAUUCGCAAAAAUGAUCUCCACAGUUGUGUGGCUCAUGGUCCUUCUUAUAAUGGUCCCCAACAUGGCAAUUCCCAUCAAACACAUCCGGGAAAAGCCGAAUGUAGGCUGCAUGGAAUUUAAAAAUGAAUUCGGAAGAAACUGGCAUUUGCUGACCAACUUCAUAUGUGUAGCAAUAUUUCUGAAUUUCUCUGCCAUCAUUUUAAUAUCCAACUGCCUUGUGAUUCGACAACUCUACAGAAACAGAGAUAAUGAAAACUACCCAAAUGUGAGACGGGCCCUCAUCAGCAUCCUCCUGGUGACAGCGGGCUACAUCGUUUGCUUCCUGCCCUACCAUGUUGUGCGGACCCCGUACACCCUCAGCCAGACGGAGGUCAUCUCUGACUGCUCCACCAGGAUCUCGCUCUUCAAAGCCAAGGAGGCCACGCUGCUCCUGGCAGUGUCCAACCUGUGCUUUGACCCCAUCCUGUACUAUCAUCUCUCAAAAGGAUUCCGCUCUAAGGUCACUGAGACAUUUGCCUCACCUAAGGAGACUAAGGCCCAGGAAGAAAAAACAAGGUCUGAAAAUGAUGUGUAAAAUGUGGGGCUUCUCAUGCUAUUACCUCCUCCAUUACAGGACCUUUAAAGCUAUUUACAGUUUUGAAAGGCGGGGGAAAAAAGAGGGGGAGGGGUCUUGGUAAUAAAAAAUACAGACAGCAAGCAAAUGUGGACUGUCGUACACAGAAACCCAACUUCUAAAUGCAAGCCAAUCUCAUACUACUACUGCGGUUGUCAAACUACUGAGCCCAGAUAUUUGUACAAGAAAACCAAAGAGUGUUGUUCAACCAGUGUCAACCCGUGCAGUAUCCUUGAAAUCAAAAAGUGUCCAUGACACAGACUUAGGUAUUCAUUUAACUACCCAGAACUGAACUUUCCAAUGAAACAGUAAAAUAAGCUCCCUGUGAAUUUCCAAGAAGCCCCUCAGCAAAACAAUUUUAAAGGACUUCAGAUAACUUUAAAAGAC